AUGCGGUCUUCUUUGUUGUCCAUUGCCUACUUGGCUACUUCCGCCUUGGGCUACGACCAGCUUCUUGGUUUCAAUGCCAAAGUCGAAACUGAAACUCGGUCACUUGAUGAGAUUCACCAAGCAGCGCUCAAAGAGGGAGGCGUAGUCACCCUCUGGCACGGCGGAGAUUCAGUCAACCGACAGAGUGGCCUGAAGGCAGCCUUUGAAAAGCGCUUCCCCGGCAUGGAACUCAAUGUCACCGUUGAUCUAUCCAAAUAUCACGACGCCAGGUUGGACCAACAGCUUGCUGCUGGUGGAAAAGCUGUCUACGUCGACAGUGUCAUUCUCCAGACAUUGCACGACUACCCCCGUUGGGCUCAACAAGGUGCAUUGCUCAACUACGCACCCAAGGGAUUUGAUGAGAUCGAUGACGCAUACAAGGAUAACACAGCUUAUUGGUACGGUGUCUAUAUCUACUCUUGGGCCUUCGGGUGGAACAGCCAGAAACUUCCAGGAAUCAAGCCACUCGCCGAGUACCCCGAUUUUCUCCGACCUGAGUUGAAGAACAAGCUUGUCCUUACCUAUCCCAACGACGACGAUGCUGUUCUCUUCGCUUAUCAUCUGAUCAUGCAACAGUACGGAGUUUCUUGGUUUGAAGGUCUCCUCAAGCAGAACCCUCGAUGGAUCCGUGGUACCGCCGCGCCCUCAACUAUUGUUAAAGGCAGCAACUACACUCAAGCCGCCUACUUCGCUGCUGGUGGAGGCUUUCAGAAUGCCGAGCCUAUGAAGUUUGCGCAUCCCAAGAGCGGCAAGUAUGUGUCUUGGGCGCAGACUGCGGGCAUCCUCAAGGACGCGCCUCACCCCGAGGGAGCAAAGCUCCUUCACAGCUUCAUCCUCAGCCCCGAGUACCAGAAGGCUAUGGGUACUUGGUCCGUUCGCCGCGACAUGCCUACUCCCCAGGGCUACCCUGAUCUUGCCAAUGAGACUGCUACCAACCCAGCUGAAUUUGCACGAUUCAUGGCUGACAGAGCCUUGGUUGAGAGACUUCGUUUUUGGUUUGAGGCUCGCAUCGGUUCAGCUCAGGGUGUUGAUCCUAUUCACGACCCUAUCAACAUGCAGUAA